UCUAUAAAAGCCGCCACCCAACCGCUGAAGAGGAAGCAGAGACAGAGCAGGACUAGUCACACUCAGAGCAGAAUACACACAAUAUUAGGACAUGAACACUCUCAUCCUCUCCUCUCUGCUGUGUUUGGUUGUUUGCGCUUUAGGUGUCCUGGGAUCCGCGGUGACGUUAUCGUCAGAGCUGAGCCAUGUGACAGAUGCGUCAGCCUUGGGGGAAGGGGAGGGGCUGCAGAGCUCUCUGGGUGAUGAGGAUGAGGAGGAACUGGAUGAAGAUAUGUCAGGAGGUACACCUACAGAUGGUUCACCCAAAGUGGUGCGUCACAGUAAGAACAGAAAAGAAAAGGGGAAAGGUCAGAAAGGAAAAGUGAAUCCAGGAAAGAGGAAGAACAAGAACAAUAGCAAAAGCACCACGGCCUUCAACCCUGAACACACAUCAGGACACACGUUGGAGUUCACGGCCGACCACCCACACCAGACGUCAGAACGUGUUACAGAGGACCCUUGUAGCUCCUCUCACCAGGCAUAUUGUAUCCAUGGAAGCUGCAAGUACAUGGCGGACCUGAGAGAGCCAGUGUGUGUCUGUGAGAAGGGUUACGAUGGUGAGCGCUGUGGCAUCCUGCUCCUACCUACAAGGACGGAUGAAGAUGAGGAGAGAAGCAUCGCUGAGGUGGUUCAGACUGUCCUGGUCAUCAUAGCUGUGGUCCUCUCCAGCAUCAGCUGCCUCGCCAUACUGCUCAUGACCUGCACACAUUACAGGACUCAUAAGAAUUUCCUGGUUGCCUACCUGGCCUCCGGCAGUGAGAAGGAACAGCUCCAGAAAACUACACCCUGUGACAUCACGGUGUGACCAUCAGCAGAGAACUUAAAGGUCUGGAACCAUAAUUUAGAACCAUGAGAACCGAGACAAUCAGAGGAGAACCUGUGCCGACUCCUGCCCAGCGGAGUGAUCUACUGAACGGACGCUACAACUCCAGACAGUAGAGCGUUCUAUAGAAGAACCAGCGUAGAACCGUCUUGAAGAACCGCAUAGAACUGCCUUGUCGUUUAUUUAUUUAAUUUGACUUAUUUAUUGAGGACAGAGCUUUGUUUUGACUGGUGUUGUGUUAGAUGUGAUUGGACCGUGAUGUUGAGCAUUCCGUCCAAUCAUUUCACUACUAAGUUAUUGCUUAUUUAUUGCCAUGCGUCUCCUAGGGAACAACAGAGAGAUACAGCUAUCGAUAAUCCUGGACAUAGAUGGAAUCUAUCGGUUCACUAAUAAAGUCCUUCAGUGUUAUGAGAAA